GAAAUAACUGUUCUAUUUUGAUGUCAUCACUGUUCGUUCUUAUCAGGGUGACCUAAUAAUAUUGUUUUUAUAUAUCAUCAUCUGGGAAAGUGAGCUAUAUUGUAGAAAUCUCCAUCACUUUUUCCCAUCACUGUCUCUGUAAGACUGGAAAUGGGCUCAGAUAACAAAAGCAUGGAGUUUAUGAAGGAGAUCGGUUUAGGUUCAACCAACAUUGGCUCUUAUAUUAAUGGUCAAUGGAAAGCCUCUGGUUCUUCUGUCACUUCUCUUAAUCCUUCUAACAAUCAGACUAUUGCUGAAGUGACUGAAGCAACUUUGCAAGAUUAUGAAGAGGGAUUGCAAGCUUGCAGUGAAGCAGCUAAGAUAUGGAUGACUAUUCCGGCACCAAAGAGAGGUGAGAUUGUAAGACAAAUUGGUGAAGCAUUAAGGGCCAAAUUGGAUCCUCUGGGUAGGUUGGUGUCUCUUGAGAUGGGAAAAAUUCUUCCAGAAGGAAUUGGGGAGGUUCAGGAAAUUAUCGAUAUGUGUGAUUAUGCUGUUGGGCUAAGUCGACAAUUGAAUGGAUCAGUUGUACCAUCAGAACGUCCUGAUCAUAUGAUGCUUGAGUUGUGGAACCCACUAGGAAUAGUUGGUGUAAUCACUGCUUUCAACUUUCCAUGUGCUGUUCUAGGAUGGAAUGCUUGCAUUGCAUUAGUCUGUGGUAACUGUGUUGUGUGGAAGGGUGCUCCAACAACUCCUUUGGUAACUAUAGCUGUGACAAAGCUAGUAGUUGAAGUUCUUGAGAGGAACAAAUUACCUGGUGCAAUUUUCACCUCUUUUUGUGGAGGUGCUGAAAUUGGUCAGGCAAUAUCAAAAGACACACGCAUUUCUCUGGUUUCAUUUACUGGAAGUUCAAAGGUGGGCUUGAUGGUCCAGCAAACAGUUAAUCAAAGAUUUGGAAAAUGCUUGCUUGAGUUAAGUGGUAACAAUGCAAUAAUAGUUAUGGAUGAUGCAGACAUCAAGCUGGCUGUACGCUCUAUUCUGUUUGCAGCUGUGGGUACUGCUGGUCAGCGGUGUACAACUUGCCGUAGACUGUUUCUGCAUGAGAGUAUUUACACAAAUGUACUAGAUCAACUUAUUGGAGUCUACAAACAAGUCAAAAUUGGGAACCCCUUAGAGAAGGGGACUCUAGUUGGGCCCUUGCAUACUCGUUCCUCAGUUGAUAACUUUGAGAAGGGCAUCUCAGUCAUAAAAUCUCAGGGAGGGAAGAUCCUAACAGGUGGAUCUGUAUUAGAGUCAGAAGGAAAUUUUGUACAGCCAACAAUUGUUGAGAUUUCUCCAGAUGCUUCUGUAGUCAAAGAAGAAUUGUUCGGUCCAGUUCUAUAUGUGAUGAAAUUUCAGACUCUGGAAGAAGCAAUUGCCUUGAACAAUUCUGUACCUCAAGGAUUGAGCAGUUCAAUCUUUACAAAAAGACCUGAAGCUAUAUUCAAAUGGAUUGGGCCACGAGGUAGUGAUUGUGGUACAGUGAAUGUGAACAUACCAACAAAUGGAGCUGAGAUUGGUGGUGCCUUUGGUGGAGAAAAGGCAACAGGUGGUGGUCGUGAAGCGGGUAGUGACUCCUGGAAGCAAUACAUGAGGCGUUCUACUUGUACCAUCAAUUAUGGAAGUGAACUACCAUUAGCUCAGGGGAUAAACUUCGGCUAGUAAGUGUUCCUUGCACACGAGGAUGCUCAAAUGCAAUUUUGCAUCCAGAAAAGAGUUUCAUAGGAGAUUUAAAUCUGGCUGACAUGAGCUGAAUGUGUUGUAUUACUAGACAUGCUUGCUGUAAGAAUGGCACCUUGACAUGCUGGCAUCAAUUUAUAACAUUAUGUUAAAUAAAGGUCAAAUAAAUUGGGUGCAAAAAGUCUUAUUUCUCAAUCAAAAUGUUUGAUAUUUAAAUAUGCUAAUGAAGUGAGGCUAUUUGUGGUUAUGUUAGGGAAUGUUGCUUCCAGUUGUAGAUUGAGCAACUUUGGCAUUUAACUGGAAAUUUAAUAAUUUAAUUGGGUGGUAUUA